CCCCAUUACUAUCGUCCAAGAAAUUCCGGACAGCCAAGGACGCCUCUCCCUCUCUCUUAUUCAUCGCCAUUAGUAUAUAUACAUACUUGCCAGGGAUGUUCUCUGCUAGAGGAAUUAUCACAAGAUCGGGGCUGUCUCUGACUGCCGUCCGUACAUAUGCUACUACGGCGACUGCACGGAUUCCAACAAAGUUAUCAGCAGCAGCCCUGAAAGCAAGGAGAGAGGCAGCAGCAGCGUCUGGUAAACGACUCACCAACUAUGGCAAGGAGUUUCAUCCACAAAAGACAUUUCUUCAUCACACAUACACCGAACUUCUAGAAUCCAACCGAAUUUUGUUGAUCUGCCAACACAACAACAUGUCAGUUCCAGAAUUAGUUCGGCUUCGUACAGACCUUGCGGCCGCUGGCGCUCAAAUGAAGAUUGUUCGCCUUGGUAUCUUCUCGGCUGCGUUAAGAGAAACCCGUUACGCGAACUUGGCACCAUUGGUCAAUGGUCCUACCUGUGUGAUCAGCUGUAAUAUUUCUCCUGAAGAAGAAGAAGAGGGCAAGGCAAGGGCAAAGGUCCCCCAAGGGCUGGAAGGGAUCAGGAAAGUGGUGGAAAAGCAUCAUAAAAUGAUCUUAUUGGGAGGCAAGAUCGAUGAUGCCCUUGUGAGUGUAGAAGAUAUGAAGAAGAUGGUAGAGAUGCCUGGUAUCCAAACACUGCGAUCACAGUUGGCUGGAUUGUUGAGUCAGGCUGGAGGUGGACGGCUUGUACAGUUAUUGAACAUGAAUCCUACACUGUUGGUCAUGAAUUUGGAUGCACAUGCCAAAUCUCAAGACAACAAGGAAGAAACAAAGGCAUAGAUGCGAUUAUUAGUUAGUGAAUUAGUCCCUAUUUUUUUAUCCAACAUAGAAAAAAAAUACAUUUUAUAUUUUAU